UACCUCCUAUCUUUGUGUCUGAAGCUUUGUAAACUCACAACAGAUAUUCCUUCAACAAGCAUUUAGUUUAUUUUUCUUCUAGAACUGCACCACUAACAGCACCACUCUCGAAAUUAAUGGCAGUGAUGAAGUAGAGAAACAUUUGUGUGGUGUGAGACCAUGAUCUCAAAGCAUCUGAGCCGGAAUGGAACUCCGAUGGGAACUGUCCUUGGAAGGGUGCAGAUAGAGAUGCUAACAGAUCACUUUAACAAUCCCUACUUCAUUAUUUUCUCUUCAUUCUUUCCUGAGCAACUACCCAAUCCAUAAAGUAGCUACAAAACUUGUAUCAGCUUGUUUUGUCAAAGGGUCAGUAAUGGAUUUAAACUCCUAUAUCAGUAAGGACUCUCCUACAUAAAUGUUAGCUUUGACCAGGGAAGAGGAAGAGUGAAAUAGUAAACAAGACCAAACAACAAGAAAAAAAUCUACAAAUAAUGGGUAUGGUCCUAGUUAAAGGACCAAGGACUCUGGGGACAACACUGGCCUGGACACACUGCAGCUCCAAGAUCUGAGCAUAUGACAAGAACUUCUUUAAAGAUUGAUUUUUCUCAUUUCUAAAAUGCAGUAAUAACUCGUAGGGACACCAGAGAUCUAAAUGCACAUAAAACUGACUGGUCUAGUGAACUAAUAACCUGUUAUAAUUGUCUCUUAGCGAAAGCUGUAAAGCAAGAAGUGGCAGGGACUGGUUGUGAUUAAUCCAUUAUCAGAGCUUGACAAACUUUACUUUCAACACAUUUUUCUUCCAGGUAGCUUGAUUAGGGGUGGAGGUGUCAAAGGAAAAAUACCCUGUGUGGGCUCAGUAUAAUUGUGCUUGUUGCGCCUCACGACACAAAAGUAGUGCAUCUUGAAGGAUAUCCUCUUCGUGUGUAUUGGGUUCGUGUGUGCUUUUGGUUGGCUUAAGUAAAAAAAAUACUGUCAGUGCCUGUGAUGGAUGCUGAAGAGAGUCAAGAGUGCCGAGGGAAAAAGCUAUAAAGGCCACUAGGAUCCGUCAGUUGUGUAAAGGAACAGCAGAAGAGCACUUGUGUUCCAUCAUCCGGCUAAUCAGGACCUACUGUGUGCACUAAUGAAGAUCCACAUUUGCAAAGUAACUACACCAGCCGCAGUGAUAUGACUCCUGCAGCAUGCGGCGGGGUUGCGCCGCUCGUGCCGAAGGGCUGUGAGUCACGUGGGCGCGCAGCCCCGCCCCGUCGUCGGCCGGGACUUGGUGGGGUGGUGUCUGCCCCGGAAGUGCCUGUCUUCGGCUGACAGCUGCUGGCGCGGCGGCGGCCCCGAGCAAGAUGGCGCUGCGGCCGGGAGCCGGAGCCAGCGGCGCGGCGGGGGCGGGCACAGGACCCGGCGGGGCAGGCAGCUUCAUGUUUCCUGUCGCAGGUGGCAUGAGACCCCCUCAAGGCCUGAUUCCAAUGCAGCAGCAAGGAUUUCCUAUGGUCUCUGUCAUGCAGCCCAAUAUGCAAGGCAUGAUGGGAAUGAAUUACAGCUCUCAGAUGUCCCAGGGACCCAUUGCAAUGCAGGCAGGAAUACCAAUGGGGCCAAUGCCAGCAGCGGGUGUACCUUUCCUGGGUCAGCCACCUUUUCUGGGCAUGCGUCCUGCAGCCCCACAGUACACUCCAGACAUGCAGAAGCAGUUUGCGGAAGAGCAACAAAAACGAUUUGAACAACAACAAAAGCUCUUAGAAGAAGAAAGAAAACGACGUCAGUUUGAAGAGCAAAAACAAAAGCUCAGACUUCUGAGUAGCGUGAAACCCAAGACAGGAGAGAAGAACAGAGACGAUGCUUUGGAAGCCAUCAAAGGAAACUUGGAUGGGUUUUCCAGAGAUGCUAAGAUGCACCCCACUCCCGCAUCUCACCCAAAGAAACCAGGCCCUUCCUUGGAAGAGAAGCUCCUAGUAUCUUGUGAUAUAAGUGCAUCUGGGCAGGAACACAUUAAAUUAAGCUCUCCUGAAGCUGGGCACAGAGCCGUAGUCCCAGGUUCCAGUAAGAACUCUCCCGGUUUAAUGGCCCAUAACGGGGGUGCUCUAGAUGGAUGUGUGAGUGGUCCCACCACUGCAGUCGCAGAAAAGACUUCAGAUCAAAACCUGUCAAAGGAAGAGAGUGGUGUGGGCGUGUUUCCCUCUCAGGAUCCUGUUCAGCCCAGAAUGCCUCCUUGGAUUUACAAUGAGAGUUUGGUUCCAGAUGCUUAUAAGAAAAUUUUAGAAACCACAAUGACUCCAACCGGAAUUGAUACUGCUAAACUUUAUCCCAUUCUGAUGUCAUCUGGACUUCCCAGGGAAACUCUUGGACAGAUAUGGGCCUUAGCUAAUCGAACUACGCCUGGCAAGCUCACUAAGGAGGAGCUUUACACCGUUCUCGCCAUGGUAGCAGUAACACAGAGAGGUGUUCCUGCCAUGAGCCCUGAUACCUUGAACCAGUUCCCUGCGGCUCCCAUUCCUACCUUAAGCGGCUUUCCUAUGACCCUGCCUACCCCAGUGAGCCAGCCAGCAGCGAUGACCUCUGGCCCGGCAGGCUCCAUACCCCUCAGCCUUGGACAGCCCAUCAUGGGCCUUAACCUUGUUGGACCAGUGGGUGGAGCUGCAGCGCCAACUUCCAGUGGCUUCAUGCCAGCCUACCCCUCAAACCAGGUGGGAAAGACAGAAGAGGAUGACUUCCAGGAUUUUCAAGAUGCUUCGAAGUCAGGAUCCAUCGAUGAUUCUUUCACUGACUUCCAGGAGGUGCCUGUGUCCUCAAAAACCAGUAAUUCCCAGCAUGGAAACAGUGCUCCCUCACUCUUGAUCCCACUUCCUGGAACUAAAGCCUCCACAGACAAAUAUGCAGUGUUUAAAGGGAUUUCUGCUGAGAAGCCCUCUGAAAACCCUGCUUCAUUUGGAGAGUCCGGUGAUAAAUACAGUGCUUUCAGGGAACUCGAGCCAACAGCAGACAGUAAGCCUUUAGGAGAGAGCUUUGCGGAGUUCAGAUCCACAGGAACCGAUGACGGCUUCACUGACUUCAAGACUGCUGAUAGUGUGUCACCCCUAGAGCCACCAACAAAAGACUCUUUUCCAUCGGCCUUUGCCUCAGGAGCUGCACAGCAGACACAGACACAGGUGAAAACCCCUCUGAACUUAGCAGACCUAGAUAUGUUCUCCUCAGUGGACUGCAGUGGGGAGAAACCAGUGCCCUUUUCAGCUGCAUUUAGCACUUCAAAGUCAGUUUCCUCAAGACCGCAGCCGGCGGGUUCUGCAGCAGCCCCAGCAUCACUGGCAUCCACUAAAGCGUCCAGUUUGGCAGAUGAUUUUGGAGAGUUCAACCUCUUUGGGGAAUAUUCGAACCCUGCAUCUGUUGGGGAGCAGGACGACUUUGCAGAUUUCAUGGCCUUCGGUAACAGCUCCAUCCCCUCUGAGCCAAAAGCAGAUGACAAGUAUGAAGCCCUCAGAGAAGAAGGGAGCCCCGGCCCCUUGUCCACCAGCACUGUGGAGGGUGCACACAACCCACCUGUUUUGUCAUCCAAGUACGACGUCUUCAAACAGCUUUCCCUAGAGGGAGCUGGACUGGUCAUCGAGGAGUUCAAAGAGAACACUCCUUCCACAAAGAGUGACGGUGACUUUGCUGACUUCCACUCCAGUAAAUUCUCAUCCACGAGCUCAGACAAAUCCCUGGGAGAGAAAGCAGUGGCUUUCAGACAUGCCAAAGAAGACUCCGCCUCGGUGAAGUCUUUAGACCUCCCCUCCAUCGGUGGCAGCAGUGUUGGCAAGGAGGACUCUGAAGAUGCGCUUUCUGUUCAGUUUGACAUGAAAUUGGCUGAUGUGGGAGGAGAUCUUAAGCAUGUCAUGUCUGAUAGCUCUUUGGAUUUACCAACAGUUAGUGGCCAACAUCCUCCUGCCGCAGCAGGCAGUGGGUCCUCAGCCACCUCAAACCUUCAAAGGAAAGAGAUCUCAUUUGGCAGUUCUGAAAGCAUCACCAUGUCAUCUCUCUCCAAAGGACCAGCCGUGGCCAGUGAGGACGCUCUUCCAGAGACUCCCUUCCCAGCUUUUGCCAGCUUUAAAGACAUGAUGCCCCAGACCACUGAGCAGAAAGAGUAUGAAAGUGGGGACUUCCAGGAUUUCACAAGGCAGGACAUGCCCAUGGUGGACCGGAGCCAAGAGAACACAUGUCCCAGCCCAGCUUCCAGUGUGGCCUCGCACGAAACCCCCAAGGAGGGUGCAGACGACUUCGGAGAAUUUCAAAGCGAAAAGCCCAAAAUCAGCAAGUUUGACUUUUUAGUAGCUAAUUCACAGAGCAAAAUGAAGUCUAGUGAAGAAAUGAUCAAAAGUGAGCUGGCAACCUUUGACCUUUCUGUUCAAGGAUCACACAAGAGGAGCUUGAGCCUUGGGGAUAAAGAAAUAAGCAGGUCCUCUCCUUCCCCGGCCCUGGAGCAGCCCUUCAGAGACCGGUCCAACACUCUGAGUGAGAGAGCUGCACUGCCCGUCAUCCGAGACAAGUACAAGGAUCUGACUGGCGAAGUGGAGGAAAAUGAGAGAUAUGCGUAUGAGUGGCAGAGAUGCCUGGGGAGCGCCCUGGAAGUCAUUAAGAAGGCAAACGACACCUUAAACGGCAUUAGCAGCAGUGCUGUCUGCACAGAAGUUAUCCAGUCAGCCCAAGGCAUGGAGUAUCUCCUAGGCGUGGUGGAGGUGUACCGAGUAACCAAGCGAGUGGAGCUGGGGAUCAAAGCCACUGCUGUGUGUAGUGAGAAACUCCAGCAGUUGCUGAAGGACAUCGAUAAAGUGUGGAACAACUUAAUCGGCUUCAUGUCCCUUGCCACACUCACGCCAGAUGAGAAUUCACUGGAUUUUUCCUCCUGUAUGUUACGGCCUGGGAUCAAAAACGCCCAGGAGCUGGCUUGUGGAGUGUGUCUCCUAAAUGUGGACUCCAGGAGCCGGAAAGAAGAGACACCUGCAGAAGAACAGCCUAAGACAGCAUUCAACUCAGAAACAGACAGUUUCAAGCUGGCCUAUGGGGGACAUCAGUACCACGCCAGCUGUGCCAACUUCUGGAUCAACUGUGUUGAACCCAAGCCUCCCGGCCUCCUCUUGCCAGAUCUGCUCUGAAAAACUGCUCAGUGAAGCUGAUUUUUGGUUGAUUCUGUCACAGGACUUAGGGUGACAGGGAUCAAUAAAUAGAAUGCAGUACUGCAGAGCCCCUCCCACCGGUCUCUUUGCCGCAUUCCCCAGGAGGCAGGCUGCAAAGCUGCAGCGGAGGGCCCCACCACAAAACCUUCCGUCACUACUUCAGCCUGCCGCUCUUUGAGACUCGAGGUAAACUGUUGGACCCAAACUGCACGUGGCACUGGACACUUGCUUGCUUAUCUCCUCUGGCUUUGUUGUUGUUGAUGGUGAUGUUGGUUUGAUUUCCCUUUUUAAAACCGGGGCCUUGGUGCACCCCUCUGGCUGACCUUGAAUCUGCAUUGAUUCUCCCAUGUUUGCCUCCUAAGUGCUGGACCACAGGCAUGGGCCACCAUACCGUUUCUCUUGUCCUCUCAAGUUAAUUUAAAAUGAAGAUCAGAGUUUUCUGUGAGGGGUAAUCUGCUGCUGAAUUGUAUGUGAAACGUUAACAAGAGAAGAAAAGUAAGUUCUGCCAGGACCAGAAUCCACAAGUUUGUCUCCAGCCGGCACUCGCUCAUGUCCAGCACUGUGGCCCCAGGAAGCAGGACACAUUUUUCUGCAUUUAGCUUUUUAAUACUUGAAGUGAAUAAAAAAGGCUUGUGAUUAAACCGA